AAGGCAAUAUAAACCUACUCAAAAUCUAGAUGGUUGAAUUGGGAUGCAGUUGUGCGGGACAUAAAUCCACUUUUUAAAUUUUUUUUCUUUCCUCAUUGUCUAAGCCAUUGACCUAUAAAAUCAAUCAUUCUUCGAUACUCCCCUCGUCACCUCUUCCAAACCAAAACACAGAAUUCCCAUUCUCACCUAAAAAAAACUUCUACUUCUCACCAUCAUCAUCAAUAACAAGAAAUCUCAAUUUCAAUUAAGAAUAGUGAAGAAGAAGGUGAUAAUGAGAAUUCAAGAACUACUGCUACUACUGUAACUAGAAUAUAAUCACGAAAAAUCAAAAACCCAACAACGAAUUAGCGGUGGCAAAACAAAAAUCAAGAAUUGAGUUUAAUUACCCAAGAAGAAAGUGAAGGGCCUCAUGAAAUUUGCGAUCUUUUUGAUGGAAGUAUUUGAAUUUCUCACCGAACACGUAGAAUCUUCAUGGAUGAUUUCUCCCAGGUUCAUGUACUCGAAGUUGAUGGAAGCCAGACAACAGCUUCUCUCUCUUCUUAAGCACAAUUUAGUUGAAGCACAAGCUCGGAUGAAGAAAAAUUCAGAUCUUAAGAGAAUCGAUAAAGAUUUUGCUGUAGGGGAUUGGGUAUAUCUUAGGUUACAGCCAUAUCGUCAAUCUUCAUUGGCUCUUCGGCGUGCAAUUAAAUCAAGUCCUCGCUCCUAUGGAGUUGUGGCGUAUAAAUUGGAGCUUCCAAAGAGUCGAAAAUACACCCAAUAUUCCAUGUAUCUUAUCUUAAGAAGUGUUUGGGUCCUCUACACCAAUCUCAACAACACCUUCCUCCGGUGAACGAAGAUUUGGAAGUCCAGCCUUACUCUGAAACUGUUUUGGCUGAGCAUAAAGGAAAUCUCACCUUCACAAAGUUGUUGGGUCAGUGGAAAGGGACCUCUACAGCAGAUGCUACUUGGAUGAAUUACUAUAAUCCUGAUGAGGACAAGGUUUUUCCAAGGGAGGAGGAUUGAUACGCCCUGGAUAUAUUAGCAGACUACACGUAUAUGUUGUACUUAUCCUACUAGUAAGAUCAGUUGCUACAGUUAGUUGGUUAUUAUCUAAACCUAUUGUUAUUUAUGUCUGAAUGCUUAUCUAAUAAAGACAUGAUGAA